UGCGGAAGGAACACCCUUGGCCACCCUCCCUCGGAUUGUCUAUUGGCUGAAGCUCCCCUUCGACUUCCUACAAUCUCCUCCCCAGCAGCUUGCUGCCCUCGCUUCCAUUCUCUUCCAUCCUUCUACAGUCCGACUACAGGCUGCUACUAGUCACUCCCGCGUUUCCCCAGCAUUGAUUGGUAUAGUGGCCAUCGAUAUUCCUCAUUCCUUCCGGAUUGCGGAGAACGACCACCCGCAAGUAGAGGCGGACACAACCCCGACGUAACUACGUAUCGUAUCCCCCAGAAUGCCAUGCGUCGUGUUGUCGUGACUGGUCUCGGAGCAGUGACACCUCUAGGAGUAGGUUUCCGUCGGACCUGGAAACGUCUCCUGGAUGGUCACUGCGGCAUCGUCAACGUCAACCAUCGCGAUGCCAGGUUUACAGAAUUGCCCUGCCAGAUCGCGGCGGUGGUGCCGCAGGGGAAACGGAAGGACGGAUGUUGGACUUCUUCAGAGUGGCUGAGUCGAGAUGAUGAGCGCAAGAUGGCUCGGUUCGCACAGUAUGCGCUGGCUGCUUCGACAGAGGCGCUGGAGGACUCGGGUUGGAAGCCCACAAAUUCGGAACAGCGAGAAGCUACAGGAGUCUGCCUUGGAUCAGGGAUUGGCAACUUUGACGAAAUCUAUGACACUGUUGUUGCCUAUGAGAAAGGGGGCUAUCGAAAGGUAUCGCCAUUGUUCGUUCCUAAGCUUCUGAUCAAUCUCGGCGCCGGGCACAUCUCUAUGAAAUUUGGAUUUAUGGGUCCAAACCAUUCAGCAACCACCGCCUGUACCACUGGUGCUCACUCCAUAGGCGAUGCAUCCCGGUUCAUUGCGUGCGGAGAUGCAGAUGUGAUGCUGGCUGGCGGAGCAGAGUCUUGUAUCCACCCGCUGGCCGUCGGAGGAUUUGCUCGAGCACGCAGUCUGGCGACAAGCUUUAACGAUUCGCCCGAGAAGGCUUCGAGGCCAUUUGAUGCGGACCGGGAAGGGUUCGUGGUCGGUGAAGGCGCGGCAAUGUUGGUUUUGGAGGAACUCGAACACGCAAAAGCUAGAGGAGCCCGUAUCUACGCCGAGUUGAGGGGCUACGGCUGUUCUGGCGAUGCGCACCACAUGACAGCGCCCAAAGAAAACGGCGAAGGCGCCUUUCUAGCCAUGAAGAAAGCCCUGAAAAACGCUGGGAUUUCGCCAUCUGCGGUCGACUAUGUAAAUGCACACGCUACCUCGACCGUUGUCGGGGAUGCAGCGGAAAACGCUGCCAUCAAGUCUCUGCUGCUGGGACCGGGGGGUAAGCAGCGCGCGACGGAGGUCAACAUCAGCAGCACCAAAGGGGCUGUCGGCCAUCUGCUUGGUGGUGCUGGCGCCAUUGAAGCAUUAUUUUCUAUUCUCGCGGUUAACGAGAAUGUGAUGCCUCCGACCAUCAAUCUGGAGCGGGUGGCUGAUGGGUUCGACUGCAACUAUGCCCCCAAACAGGCCCAGGAGCGACGCAUUGACGUGGCUCUGACGAACAGUUUUGGAUUUGGAGGGACGAACAGCAGCUUGUGUUUCUCCAAGUAUGCAGGGUAGGCGGCUGCAUAUCAUAUGAUAUUGGCAGUUUUGCAUAUUGCAUUGCAUUGUAUCAAUAGACUUGUAAUACCAGGUGAAUAAACG